AUGCCACGUCGUUUCUUCCUUCCACCAUCACCAUCACCAUCCACCCCACCGUCUCAAGCCACGACCGCCCGCGACAUCGACGACAACCACAACAACCACGCUGAUGACGACGACCACGCUGACGAUGCACGACGACAUGCAACGUUGUCAACAACGACCCCGCCAUUACAAGAGCCACACGACGUGGCAACGCCACGUCACACAGAUGGGAGGCGACGACAACAACACGGAAUGUCAAUGGACGUUCCGCCUCAACUGCAGCCCAGACGACGACACGACCCCACCGCCCACGAACGCCCGCCCACGACAACGACUGCCCACAAGCGCCCACGACACGACAACGAAUGCCCAUGCAUGACAACGAACACCCACGAGCGCAAUGCAAACGCCAACGCGAAGACGAACGAAACGGCAACCCACCCCCAUGGACGCCAAUACAGCCCACCACCCACGACCGACGAUGACGUGCGCCCACGCACAGAGGAUUCCGCUCGUGUCAACGGAAAUGGGCAACGACGAGCCCAGGUGAGCUCCCCUCCCUCCAUCAUUCCUCACCACCACCCUUCCAUCAUCCCCCCUCCCUCCCUUGUUUCUCCCCCUCCCAUUUCUCCCCCUCCCAUUGCUCCCCCCUCCAUCCAUUCCCACCUCACCCUUCACCACUCCCUCCCUUCACCACUCCCUCUCUCCUCCAUCACUCCUUCCCCCUCCCUCCCCCCUCACUCUCUACUACAUCCUCCCCCCUCCAUCACUUCCCCCUGUCUUCCCCCCUCCCUUAAAUAUUGA